UGGUACAUUUCAUCAGAAUCAACCGUGGAGCGUACCAGUGUGGAACCAAGUUCGGACCAAAUCGGAUAUCAGUGAGACCGGAGUGAAAAUGUUCAAACUGUACUUUGUGUUUAACCUGGUGUGCAUCUACUUGGCCAUCAAGAGUGCGUUCAGUGCGGAAGUGCCGGAUCCCAAUGAGCAGAAAAUAUCCAACUAUCUGUCUUCUGCCGGCGGUUCCGAUGACGACGUUGGCAAACGUGCUUCGGCUAUGUGGUUUGGACCUCGUCUUGGAAAACGUACCGUCACACCGGAACUGCACGACGACCUGCUGGAAGAACUGGACGGCUCGCCCAUGUUCUACCAAGGUGAAGCUCCCCAACGACUGGCCGCCGACAUUGCCCAGGGAAGUCCGUACUUGGUCCUGCUGGUAACUGCCGCUGGUGGCCGGAUCGCGAAGCCACAGCCAGUCUUCUACCACAGUGCCACUCCACGUCUUGGACGUCGGGACGCUUCCGCCCAGGAUGUUCACUCGAGGCCACCGUUUGCUCCCCGACUCGGUCGGAAUCUGCCCUUCUCGCCACGACUAGGACGUUCCUUCGGUGGAGCCCAGACAGUGGACAGUUUUGGGUUCUAAGCGUUGAAUUGGAUGUCGAGAUAAUGAAUGACCCUCCAACGGGCAGCGAGUGGUUUCUAUUGGGUUUGAUUUAUUUUUUGUAUCUCAAUAUGGCUGGAAUCCCAAUAGAAGCUGCCCGUUGCCAUGGUAACUUUAUGUAAAGAUCGAAUUUUAUGUAACUUACAGAUUCAUAUAGUUGUGCAAUACGGAAUACAAUGUUUAGCGAUGAAAUUAUAA